AUGAAGCUCACCCCAGAGCUCCUCGCACAGGCCUCGUCCCACCUCAACGCCGUCAAGCAGCGCCAGCUUGAUCUCAGAGGCUACAAAAUACCCGCAAUCGAAAAUCUUGGAGUUACCAAGGAUCAACAUGAUGCCAUUGAUUUCACUGACAACGCCAUCCUCACGCUCGGCAACCUUCCCCUCCUCAAGCGCCUCGAAACCCUCCUGCUCGCGAACAAUCGAAUACAGAACAUCUCACCUUCUAUCCACCUCUCUGCGCCAAACCUGAAAACUCUCGUCCUGACGAACAACAACAUCUGUGAGCUGGGCGACCUCGAGCCGCUCAAGGAGCUCAGGCACCUCAAAUACAUCUCGCUGCUCGGCAACCCCGUGCGCGAAAAAAAAUGGUACCGCGAGUGGCUUGCCUGGAGAAUUCCUGGGCUAAGAGUUUUGGAUUUCCAGAGAAUUCGCGAUAAGGAACGCGCGCAUGCGAAAUCUCUGUUCGUCACGUCAGAUGGCCUACCCACGGCGCUUGCGACGACGAUUUCGACAACCGUCUCAACAAAUUUGAGCAGGGCCGUGCUCACGAUAGAUGAGCCCAAGGCGGCGCCAACAGCAGGUAAAGCUGGCCGUUUGAUGUCAAAAGAGGACCAAGAGAAAGUAAGGGCGGCUAUCCAAAAGGCUACGUCGAUGGAGGAAGUGAGGAAGUUGGAGAGAAGCCUACGGGAAGGAUACUUGCCAGACCUAGACUCAGUUGGUGCAUAG